AUGCAGCUUCAGCUUGUUUCGGCUGAUAAUCUCGUGUCAUCUUUGCAAUCAAAGCUACGACCAAUGCACACUUACGACUCGUCAACUAGUACGAUCCUCACUGCCCCACGGCGAACAGAACUCUUACGACAGCGUCAUUGUGUCGCAUUUGAAAACCAGGCGAUUGCACUUCGUCAGGCGUUUCGAACGGCACCGGAGCCAGUGACACUUGCACUACCGCCUCGAAAUUCCAGUUCUAGUUCCAUUUUACGUACUCGAUCUACAUCAGCUAUGGUGGCAGAUAGUGGCGAUCUCUUACGAACGAUCGAGCAUAGCACUACGAAGAGUAGUGAGGACAGUGAGGUGAUCAAGGAGAAGCAGUUGAUGAAGAAGAAGAAGAAAGUCUCGUUUGUACAAAUGGAACCCGAACAAGAACAGGAGCUCGAGCUCGAGCUGAGUCUCUCGACUAGUGCUAGAGAUCAAUGUAGCUGUCAGAAUUUUACACUUACAACCGCAAAUAUUAAGGAUAUGCCGUCUCCCAUCCACGCGGCCUGCAGGAGACAAGAGUUGCAAGCGGUCAAGCAUCUCCUGAGCUUUUAUUUUGGUGCAGACCUGAUUAAGCUCGUGAAUUCUACUUGCGCGUGUGGCCGCACGCCGCUUGAAGUGGCUUGUGAAACAGGCAACACGAAGAUUGUAAAGCUGCUGCUGAAACGUCAUGCAGAUCCGAAUGGAGCAGGUAGCGCGACGCCGGGGGUGAGACAGACACUGUCAAGUCACCUUCGCAACCACAAAAGACGUAGUAGUGACCCUAUGCUUGUCCACAAACGACGACGAUGGACUUGCUUUGGGAUUGCUUGUACGAACCGCAAGUUGGAUAUCAUAGAGCUGUUGAUGCAGUAUGGCGCUCGAAUCGAUGAGGAUGCACUAGUGAUGGCUGCAGGCUGCGGACACGAGGAUGUGAUUCGCACGUUGGUGAGCUUUGCCAAUGCGGAUGUCAAGAAAAAAGGCAGUGCAGUCCACCAGCUUUUUCACAAGAAGGGAGCGGAAGCGAAUGAACGCACGUACGUGCCUUUAAUCUCUAGCUCGUCGAUGCAAAAGGCAUGUUCGGCAGCAGUAGUAGAUCACAUGGAAUUGGUUCGAGUAUUACUAGGCGACGGCAAGAACGCGAUUUCGAGGGAGUGUAUUGUAAAGUGUGCAUUUGACGCCGUCAAUUUGCCAGAUUACCGCUUGCUUAAAUGCUUGAUCAAGAUAUAUGACACCCGACUUCUGCUAGAUGCACGUGACAAGAUUUCACAGAGCUCGCUACUGCAUGUGGCAGUUAAGAACGGUAGUGCUAAGACAGUCGUGUUCCUGAUCCGAGAAGGCGCCAAUGUGCACGCACAAGAUGGCAGUGGCAUUUCACCGCUGUACUUGGCCUGUGCUCGUGGCCAAGAGGUUGUGGUUCACACUCUUUUGGAGAAGAAAGCCAAGUGUUUGGCCGUCGGACCGAGUGGUGAGACUCCGCUUCACAUCGCUGCCCAGGAGAACCAGCUUGCAUGUGUGAAGUUGCUGCUUGAAGUUGGCAAGGUGCCGGUGGACGACGUGACACACGAUCGCUGUACGGCGCUUCAUUUGGCGUCUCAACGGGGAAACACAGCAGUUGUCGCCUGCCUGUUGGAUCAUGGAGCUAACGUGGAUGCCAUGACGGUGGGCAACGAGUCACCACUGCUUAAAGCUAGCCGCAUGAGUCAGUUCCAGACUGUCAAACUGCUUCUCUCGCGUAACGCCAGCGCCCAACCCGUGUUGACGUCGAGUACGUCGGAGCUCAAGCUAGCAGCCACUAGUGGUGCUUCUUUCGAGUCUUCUUCAUCGAUCUCACCCGGUUCGAGGGUACAGUUUUCUCGGAGUCGAUCGUGGUCAUCUUUAGGCAACGAUUCACAUCGAACAAACAGCAAGGGGAGCGAGGGUAUUUUUACCACUAAGCCUAGCACGCACGUGUCGUUAAGGCACUGGAUUCGAUCUAUGCUGCACAACUAA